AUGGCAUGCCAUCCGACGACGUAUGACGGUAAAAUAGAUCCCGUUGAAUGUCAAAGAUGGGUCUCGAAUAUAGAGGCGGUGUUUAUACGAAGUCGGUGCGAUAAGGAGGAUCAAGUGAUGUUCGCUGCCGGUUUACUAACCCAUCAGGCGAAAGAUUGGUGGGAUGCUCACAGCAAGGAAGUAGGCGAAGAUAGACUGCAAGUUAUGACUUGGCAAGAGUUCAAGGGGCCCUUCAUGAAAUAUCAUUGCCCUCAGUCGGCUAUCGACAAGAUUCAGGAGGAUUUCUUACGCCUCCGACAGAAAAACGAAUCAGUAAAUGAAAUAGCAAACACUUUUAUGGACAAGAUGAAAUUCUGUGGGGACUUGGUAACAACCGAAAGAAUGAAGAUAAAUCGUUUCUAUGGCGUGCUAAAAGCAGAAAUUAGAGAGUUCAUCACCCCCUCGAAAUGUGAAACCCUCGAGGAGCUCAUUAACUUAGCACGGGAUAGAGAGAUCGAGAUUAAAAGGCAAGAAGAGCGAGGUGAAAAGAGACCGAGUGAAAAAGGUGCAAGUUUUAGUCCAUCUAAAAAGGGGAAGUAUCAGGAUCAAGGAAGAAAGGGUAAGUCGAAAGGUGGGAUUACGCCAUGCAAGACGUGUGGAAAGCUCCAUACCGGAGAGUGUUUGUUAGGCAAAAAGGGGUGCUUUAAAUGUGGCAAGGAGGGGCAUUCGUCUUAUCAGUGCCCGAACAACCCGAAGACUUGUUUCAACUGUUUCGAAAAGGGGCAUAUCAAGUCGGAAUGCCCAAAGCUUCCACAAGAGUCAAAGAAAGAAGAUAAGAAGCAAGAGGGUUCUAGGGCGAAAAGGGAGAAUGUUUCAAAUCACAUCUGA